UGAUCGGGCGUCGCUUCGACGACCCCGUGGUGAAGGCAGACAUGAAGCUGUGGCCGUUUACAGUCGUCAACGAGGACGACAAGCCUAAGAUCCAAGCUCGGUUCAAGGGCAAACGCAAGACCUUCUUCCCUGAAGAAAUAAGCGCCAUGUUACUGUCUACACUCAAGAGCUCGGCAGAGACUUACCUAGGCAAACCAGUGCGUAACGCUGUGGUAACCGUGCCAGCGUACUUCAACGACUCCCAGCGUCAGGCCACCAAGGACGCCGGCACCAUCGCAGGCCUCAACGUGCUGCGUAUCAUCAAUGAACCGACGGCCGGUGCGGUCGCAUACGGCCUCGAUAGGGCCGAAGAAGAGGAGCGCAAUGUGCUAAUUUACGAUUUGGGAGGCGGUACUUUCGACGUCUCCGUUCUGACCAUUGAAGAAGGAAUCUUUGAGGUCCGCGCCACAGCCGGGGACUCGCACCUUGGCGGUGAAGAUUUCGAUACACGCCUAGUGGAGCACUGCGCCAGCGAAUUCGACAGGAAGCACGGUCUGGACCUGCGCAAAGACAACAAGGCUCUAAGGAGGCUGAGAACGGCGUGUGAGCGCGCCAAGCGCACGCUUUCGUCGUCGACGAAGGCCAGCGUGGAGCUGGACGCACUGUACGGCGGCGAGGACCUGCACGCGGUAAUCACUCGCGCGCUCUUCGAGAAACUCAACAAGGACCUGUUCCAGAAGACCAAAAACAUCUUGCAACAAGCGAUGCGCGACGCGAAAAUGGGUAAAGACGAUAUAGCAGAUGUAGUGUUGAUAGGGGGGUCGACGCGAAUUCCGUAUGUUCAGCAGUUGGUACGGGAAUUCUUCGGGAAAGAACCGAGCAAGUCGAUAAACCCGGACGAGGCCGUCGCUUACGGCGCGGCAGUUCAAGCUGCUGUUCUAGACGGUGAUCCUUCUGAGAUUAUCUCUGAUCUGAUCCUCGUCGAUGUGACCCCUCUUUCCCUCGGCAUCGAAGUGAUUGGAGGAAUUAUGACUGUAGUCAUCGAUCGGAACACAACCAUCCCCACGAAAAACACCAAGAGAUACUACAACAGUGCCGACAACCAAACCGAAAUUUUGUUUAAAGUGUUUGAAGGUGAGCGAAAGAUGACAGUCGAUAACCAUGAAUUAGGAGGAUUUCUUUUGUCUGGCGUCCCACCAUUGCCUAUGGGACGAGCCGCUGUGGAUGUAACCUUUGAGUUAGAUGCCGAUGGGAUCCUUCACGUUUCGGCGGUACAAACCAUCACAAAGAGUAAAAACCAGAUAACGAUCAUUAGCAACAAAGGGCGGCUGUCGAAGGAGGAGAUCUCGCGACUAGUGCGGGAGGCGGUAGCCAUGAAGCGGGAUGACGAGGCCAGGCGAAAGGCGGCCGAGGCGAGGACCGAGCUGGAGCGCCUUUGCUUCCGCGGGCAGCGGGCAGGACAGGGCCGCCGCGUCAGGGACAAGUGCCAGUCAGUGCUGGAGUGGCUGGCUGAUGUAGGAGCCACGGCGUCGGCUCGCGAAAUCGCCUCGAAACGACAGCAGUUGCAACGGCUCUUUGAUAUGGCGAACUUGUAGAAUUAAACCGUACAAGGCACACGCCAUUGACAGUGCCGAGUAAAAUAUUUGCUAAAAUGUACGCUAUAUUCGAAUCAACGCAGCAUGGUGAUUUUGAAACGUAAUUUUAGUCUCAACUCACACUGACGCAGAGUCGAAGCGUCGCGACGCGUCAUGUUUUUCGCUUAUAGCAUAUUCAUUUCUGUUGACCCAUUAUUAAGGUACAAAUU